ACUAACAGUUAUAUUUACUGAAUGCUUGAUAGAGAAUGACUGGACUUCUUCAGCUGUUGUUACUGGUCAGCGUGACCGUGGCUUCCGAGCCAUCGUGUCCAGCAUGCUCCAAAUUCGACUACGAGGAAAAGGUGCUCGAGAGAAUGAUUCGCAUGGAGUUCGCUUUUGAGAACGUGUUAAAGGAAAACAAGGCUGUGAGCAAAUCUGUUGAGCAAGACCUAUCGCGGAUCAAUGAAGAAAACGAACGAUUGCACGCAACCGUUGAUGCCCUAAAGGAUCAACAAGAGCAAGCAGAACGAAGACUGGGUUCACUCAUGGAGGAAGUUGAGAGAAACCAGUCCAAUACGCUGGAGAAGAUAGUUUCCGAUUCUAACAGUACGAUAGAACAAACUAUUGCCGCCUUCAAUGGUAUAAAAGACCAAAUCGCUACUCCACUGGUGUACUUCCACGCCCGCUCUCCACAGACCACAACCCUGUCCACAGGUGAGGUGAUAGUGUACAAGACAGUGGAGAUCAACCAGGGCAACGGCUACAGCCCCACCACGGGCAAGUUCACGGCUCCAGUUGGGGGACUCUACUUGUUCACCAUGCAUACAUGUACGGCUCUAAAUAAAUAUGCUUAUCUCCAGAUAAUGAAGGAAGGCACAGUGCUCAUUGCAAGUGAACACUAUGACAAGGAACGGUAUACCUGUUCUAGUAGUCAGGCGUUUGUACAGCUUGAUGCUGGUGAACAUGUCUGGGUACAAUGCUCCAGUGGGGCCUCAUACGUACAACUGUAUGAGGAUUCGUAUCAUUGGACCAGUUUUGGUUGUGCUCUCAUUCACAACUGAUGUGCUUAGGUCAUUGUUCAUAAAAAGCCAAAAGGCAGAAACUAUACAAUGAAAGUAAAAGUCAAUUUUGCAGUGAUAAAUAAGUUAUUUAAAUAAAAUCAUUACGUGAA